CCGAAUCCGGUCAUCAGCUAAAGGAGCAAAGCCUGCAAGCAGACGCCGAAAGGGGCUCUCGCUGACGCUCAAAGUACGAUGGGCACAGCCGUCGACACCCUUGUCAUCAAGUUGGCCUGCGCAAGCAGCCUCCUGGCGUCCCCAGCACUCCUCUCGAGCGAGUUCACAAACUUGUGGCUGGCACUCAAAAUCGUGAGCCGUGAACCAGGGAUGCGCACCGUUGCGUCAAGCGAUGCAUGCCCUCAGGGCUACAGUCACGUGACUCUCUCUCGAAACAAAAUUUAAUGUUGGUAACCUUACACGCUGGUAAGGGAGACGUAGGUCUUCUCCGUGCACCAAGCGGCUCCCCUCAGGGCUUUCCAACCAGCAUUGUCGCAUCGGACGACCGCCAGUACACUGCAGUCCUGUGCUAUUCGCAGGCAGGGCAAAGGACCAACAGUAAAACGCG